UGUGACUUCACUUUUAUUGAUUAGCAAAAUUUUCAUGCUUACAUUGUAAAAGGGUGUGUUUUUAACUUGUUGCUUUCAUGUUGUGUUUGAGGAACUUAAUAUAAGUUUUUAAAGAAAAUGCGAAAUUUACAACCUUGGCGUUCUUCCGCGAGAAAACUUGAAUAUUUAACUGAAGAAAUAUCAUGCGCCUGCUAUGGUCGUCAUGGAGCAUGCCCUGCGGGAGAAUUAUUUUUAUGCACACAUAACCUUAUUGUCCGAUGUUUUAGUAAUAAUGGAAGGUUAAAAUGGUCUAAAGACCUUUCCGAGAUAUCCUCACUCCGUAACUCGCCAGUCAAUGCAGCUUAUCUAAGUUUGGUAAACACCCUCAGUAUUGGGCUAUCAAAUGGGGAAAUAUUUGGAAUGACUGAAACUGGUGCUAAUCUUGAAUUAAAAGGUAUCUGCGAAGAUGGGAUCUUGGCAUUUGAAUGGAGUCACGAUCAAGAGUCAUUGGCUUUAGUAACAAAAGACUACAGGGUUAUAGUAAUGUCAUGCACAUAUGAUGUAGUGAAUCAAGUGGAACUGCUAACAGAAGAAUUUGGUGCAAAAGAAUUUAUAACUGUUGGAUGGGGAAAGAAGGAAACUCAAUUUCAUGGCUCAGAAGGCAAACAUGCUGCAAAAACCAUAAGCGACUUCUUUGUUGAUAAACAUGCAUUGAUUAAUAACCAAGUAUUAAUAUCUUGGAAAUAUCAUGGAAGCUUAUUUGCUGUUGGAUUUACAAUGGAAGGAAUAAGACGCUUUAAAGUUUUUGAUCGUGGAGGAAAGUUGCUCUACACCAGUGAAAGACAGCAGGGGCUUGAAGCAAACUUGGGAUGGCGCCCUAGUGGCAACACUAUUGCAACAACGCAGAGAUUCACAGAUAAAUAUGUUGUUACAUUCUUUGAAAAAAAUGGCUUAAAACAUGGAGAAUUUGAAAUACCUGUAAUUGAAAAUGUAGAAGUUCAAAAAGUUUUGUGGAGCCAAGAUUCAGAGAUUUUGACUUUAGUUUGCAAGGAAUUAAAGGAUCGUACUCCUAAAGUUCUAUUAUUCACAAGUAGCAACUAUCACUGGUACCUUAAGCAGACACUUACAUUUAGUGGUCACAGUAAAAUAAGCCAGAUUAUGUGGGAUAAUGGAUUUGAUACUUCAAAUAACAAAACACUCCAUAUUCUGUUCAAAAAUGGAUGUUAUUAUACAUAUUCAUGGGUUUGGGAUGUUGACCACAGUACUGGAAAAUGUAUAAAAGAUGAUGCUAUAGUUUCAGUUAUUGAUGGAAAGAAAGUAUUAGUGUCUUCAUUCCGUCAAUCAGUAGUACCACCCCCUAUGGCAAAUUUAGAAAUUGAGACAGAUACUUAUAUAGAUUCAGUGCAGUUUCUUUUGGAACCUAGUGAUGAUUCUGACUUCAACUCUUUUUUUAUUUGUUCUGGCAAUAUGUUGAUAUUCUACCAACAAAUUCAGAAGAAGCCACUCAAGUAUGAAGUUACUAAAACUAUAUGUUUAAAUAAAUUUGAAUUUCCAUUUCAAUAUUAUAAUUGGUACUGGUGGAAACAAAAUGUUUUAGCUGUUAUUAAAUUGGAUAAUGACAGUAAUUAUAAAUUGUUAUUAUUUACAAUUUUGGAAAAUGGACUAGAAGAGAUUUAUUCUAAAAGCUUACCUGCAGCUGUUGUACGAAUUCAUUCCCAUCCACUGAUACCUAAGCUAUACCUUCAUCUUGAAACUGGUAAAGUUAUGGAAUAUAAUUCUGAAGGCUUAGAGGAACUAGCUGAAUCAUUCCCAGUUGCAUGUCCAAAAUUCUGUGUGCUGCCCAUUGGAGAUCUAGGCUACUUUGUAGGUCUAACACAUAAGGGGCUUUUAUAUCUUCAGGACCGAGUUAUAAUGAACAAUGUUGGAUCAAUCUUUGUUCACACUGAUUACUUUCUCAUAACAUCAUUAAAAAAUUUUAUGCUUUGCACCAAGCUGACUCAAGAUGGAUUGGGAGCAGUUAUUGAUUAUGACGAUACAGAAUCUCCCGAUGUUUAUAAAAGAAGAGUGGAAUGCGGGUCAAAAAUUGUUGUAGUUGUCCCUAAUGACACAAGGACAGUGCUACAAAUGCCUCGAGGUAACCUGGAAGUUAUCGAACCAAGACCCCUCUCACUUAAAAUAGUUGGUGAAUAUUUGAAUUCACUUAAGUACUAUGAAGUAUUUGAUUUGAUGAGAAAGCAAAGAAUUAAUCUCAAUUUAAUAUAUGAUCAUAAUCCUCAACGCUUUGUCAAUAAUAUUGAUAAAUUUUUGGAAAUAAUAAAAAAUAACUCAUGGCUCAGCCUCUUUCUGACAGAUCUAGAAAACAAAGAUGUUACCAAAACUAUGUAUGCAACUAGCUACAUCUGUAGUAAGGAGAAUAAGGACUGUGACAAAAAAGUGGAUUUCAUUUGUGAUCUUGUAAGAGAGCGGCUUAAUUCAGGAACAGACAAAUUAGCUAGAGUGCUGCCUUUGCUAACCACAUUUGUUAAAAAGAAUACAAUACAAGAUUUAGAAAGCGCACUAAUUAUUAUUAAAGACCUAAAAAACCUAGAACUUAAUGGUUCUAAACUUCCAGUAUCUUCAGAUGAAGCUCUAAAGUACCUACUUUAUAUUGUUGACGUUAAUAAGUUGUUUGAUGUUGCCCUAGGAAUGUAUGAUUUUGACCUGGUGUUAUUAGUAGCCAAUAAAUCUCAAAAAGACCCCAAGGAAUACAUACCUAUGUUAAAUGAAUUGAAUUCCAUGGAUGAAAACUACAAAAGGUUUACCAUUAACAAAAAUUUAAAAAGGUAUCUCUUAGCUGUUGAUAGUCUCAUUAAAUGUGGUCCAAGCAAGCAUGAGGAAUUAAAAACAUUUGUAAAAUACCAUAGUUUGUAUAGAGAUGCAUUGAAAAUGCUAACACCAGGUGAUUGUAUUUAUAAACAGAUUUGUGAUGAUUUUGGAGCAUAUUUAAAGUUAAAAAAACAAUACCUAGAAUCUGGGAUAAUGUUUGAAAGGGCUGAUAAUAUAGAAAAGGCUUUAGAAUGUUACAAAGAAGUUAUGGAAUGGGAGUUGGCUAUAAAAUUGGUAAAACACUUACCUAAGGAUGAAUUCAAAGCAAUAUGUUGGGAUUUUGUUGAAGCUCUAAAGCAAGAAAAGCGUCAUAGUGAAGCUUUAAGGAUUCUAGAGAUGAUAGAUGAUAAUGAAAUGGAAAUUUUAAAGUUUGCUGUGGAAAAUGGAGAAUUUAAAUCUGCUAUUCGACUGUGUUAUAGCUUUGACUUUCACACAUUUUUAGAGACAGAUGUUAAACCAGCAGUUAUAGAAGAGUUUAAUAAUUUAAAGGAUUUAUUAGAGACAAAUUUGACAAAUUUCAAUAACUAUAGAAAUCGCUUACAAAUUGUUCGGGAAAAUAAAUCCAAAGCUCCACCCAGGAAUGAACAUAUUCCUUACUAUAAUCGUGACUAUGACUUAUAUUCUGAUGUUGGAAGCACUAUUGGCUCCUCUACUGGAUCGAGCCGCUCCUAUCGCUCAAGCAAGAACCGCAGGAAACAUGAACGGAAAGUUGCCUCAUUGAAGGAAGGUUCACAAUAUGAAGACACUGCCUUGGUCAUGGCCCUACAUUCACUGGUCACAGCUACAUUUGAAUUACGACCCUUGGUCAGGGAAAUAAACUUAGCACUUUGCAGUUUAUAUAAGGAUGAAGAAGCUAAGAUACUACAGUACCUCUUAGAUGGAGUACUACAAGAAAUGAAAGACAGUUUCAAGCAAAUUUGGACAAACAAUUUUGUCAUAGAGGCGACAAACGCAGUUAUAGUAGCUGAACAAAAUGUUCCUGAAGGGGGCAGCAUUAUACGCCAAGGGAUUGCAACUUUAGAACCAAGUGUCAGAAUAGCACCUGUUAUUCAAGAUGUCCGAUGGAAAUUAGAUUUAGACUAAUUUUUAACAUGAUGUUAGACCUUUAGAAUCCCUUCUAUUUAUCAAAUUCAGCAUAGAAUUGUUCUAUAGUAUGAACUCUCAGAAAGUUUAUAAAAUUUAAAUGUAUAUCUGAAAACUUCAUUAUUAUCUCUGUAGAUCUUCAAAAACAAAUAAAAUUUAAAUUUGUGUUUAACUAUAUAAAUAUAUAUAUAGUUAUAUUUGUUUUAUUAUGUAUAUAAUUUUCUACAUAAAAUAUAUUAAGCAAAUUAAAACUAUAUGUCUAAAAAAGGAAUUUUAAGAAGAAAUAAUUUAAUAUAUAAUAAUACAGAUAAUGAAACACCACUAAAAAUUAUUUAAUCUCAAACACUUGGAUGAGCAAAAAUAACAUUCAAAGUUAAUAGCACUAUUGACAUUAUUAUUAACUACAGUUACUGUACCAAAGCAAUCACGCGAGUCAAAUUGUUUGAUUAAACAAACCUUAUUUAGAACAGGUUUGCCACAAACACAUGUAUUAGCACCAUCUAAUGUUUCAACUACGGUAAAAGGAAUUAUAUUCGGUGCAUAAUACAUAUUAUUCCUUAAAACAACCUUUGCUGCUACAUCUAAUAGGCUACCAACACAGAAAUCCCACUGCAAUGAAAUUGGUUUUUGAAGUAUUUCAGAGUUUUGUAAAUUGUUGUGUGAUAAAUCUAAUUGGUCUAAUCUGCAUUGCAUUACACUGCAAGGAAGGCACAGCAAAUAGUUAUGACUAAGUGUUAAGUAUCUGUAAAGAAAAAUGUUAUUUUGUUUAUAUAAAUGUUUUAUAAGUUAAUUAAAACAGAUUUCAGAUGAAUAACAGAGGUAAUUGAAAUAUGUGUUUAGUUACAUAGGUGAUCAUAUUCAUUGGAAUUAUUAACAACUGUACUUUAGUUAAGUAGUAAAAUCCUGUAUAAUCUGGUUACAAAGAUAUAUGAUAUUAAAAUACAUAGUUUAAAGUAAUGACACUCUGCCGCUUUACUUAAUUGAAUAAAAAAUUAUUCACAUUAAAAGGUACACAAUGUCAAAUGUUUAAUUAGUAUUCAUUGAUAAAAUAAAAAGCAAAAUUUUGUAUGUUAGAAAUAAUUAAAGUUUAAAUACUCUUCAAAUGUAAUCAAAGCAUACAAAUUUGUUUAGGAUGUUAGAAUUACCUAAGCUUCCUCAUACGUCCUAACGAUGCAGGUAGCCUCUCUAAUAGAUUGUUGUCCAAUUUUAAUGUAACUAAAUUAUGCAGUUUCCAAAUAUUUCUUGGAAGCACUUUCAGCUUAUUACCACAUAGAUCUAGGAGUUUCAGUGUCUUUGUAAUCUGCAUAAAAUAAAGGUUGAUGUUAAAAAAGUA